GUUGUCAUCACCAAACGUCAAAUUAUUUAUCCUCUCAAUUUGACGUUUACUAAUUUUUUUUAUGAAAUAAUUAUUUGCCGGUUCUAAAUAAUUCGAUAAGUCGAUUCUAGUCAUGGCUUUAAACGGAUUCUUCGAGUUUUUUCAAAAGGGCAAGACUUUUAGGCCAAAGAAGCGAUUCGCUCACGGUACGAUUCGUUAUAGUUUACAUAAACAAGCUUGUGCCAGUUUAAAUUCGGGUAUAAAUUUACGUACGGCUGUAAAAUUACCACCUGGGGAAGAUUUAAACGAUUGGAUCGCAGUUCAUGUUGUUGAUUUUUUUAAUCGAAUCAAUUUAAUUUAUGGCACAAUUUCCGAGUAUUGUACAGAAGAGACUUGUCCCACGAUGACCGGUGGGGCUCGAUUUGAGUAUCUUUGGGCUGAUGGUGAUAAAUUUAAAAAGCCGACUCCUUUACCUGCAAAAGAUUAUGUUUGCCAUUUAAUGGAUUGGAUUGAGGCCCAAAUCAAUAAUCAAGCUUUAUUUCCGUGCACCUCUGAUAUGCCUUUCCCUAAAAGCUUUCAAUCACUUUGUAGUAAGAUUUUAGCGAGGUUACAUCGCGUUUUCGUCCACGUUUAUAUCCAUCAUUUUCAAAACGUCGUUUCGAUCGCUGCAGAGGCUCACGUAAACACGUGUUAUAAACAUUUUUAUUAUUUUGUGACUGAGUUUGAGUUGGUUAGUCGGAAAGAAUUGGAACCUUUGGUUGAAAUGGCUGCAAAAAUAUGCAAAGAUCUUCCAACUUAAUCAUUUUAAUUGUUAUUAAAAGAUAUUCAACUUUUAUAAUCAGUACAAAAUAAGAAAAGUAUCAACUCCAUAAUCAGAUAAUUAUCAAAACGAUAUUGAAAUUGUUGCAAUUAUCACGAAUAACACCAAAUUUAAACGUU